GCUCCUCCUGGCGGACGCAUCGUAACUUACGAGGAACAUAAACGUUUCCCCCUUGUUCACUCUGUUUACUACCCUCUAUUAGCUUGGACACGCUAUGAGCGAAAGAGAAAUUGUUGUUGUAACAGGGUUUGGACCGUUCAGACAGUUCUUGGUGAACCCCAGCUGGAUAACAGCCCAGGGAUUAAAGUUGGCCGGAAUGGGACAGCGCAUCGAUGUUUACAUCAAGGAACUGCCAGUGAGCUACAGUUCAACCCAGAGGAUCAUUGCUGAGCUUUGGCAGACCCUUAAACCAAAGUUUGCUGUUCACCUGGGCAUAGCCAGAGGUUCCAGUCUUGUCAUUUUGGAGCAAACUGGUAAAAACAGCGGCUACAGCACCCAAGACUGUUGCAGCUGCUGCCCCACAGAUCACCGCUGCAUUGAAGGCGGCCCCGAGAAACUGGACUCUGUUGUUAACAUGAGGGCCAUUUCCAAGCACUUUAAGCAAGCAGGGAUGGAUGUGGUUCAUUCUAGAGAUGCUGGCAGAUACUUGUGUGAUUUUGCUUAUUACUGCUCACUGUAUCAUGGUGAGAGGAGAGCAGCUUUCAUCCAUAUACCCUCAACUGGCAGCUUAUCCUUGACUGAGAGACUGGUACCUCUUUUGCAGGAAAUAAUUGCCAUGAUGCUUGAUCAGCUGGAAGAAGCAAAAUAUCACUUGGAAACGUAGGCAGAUUUUCACUCAGCAUGCCUUGAACUUUUCCACUAUUGUCACAUUGCAGCUAUAGUGUGGGAUGAUUCACUGAGAUUUGAAAUGACAGGUUAACAAAAAGAAUCUGUGAACUUUAUAACUGAAAUUUUGCCACAAAAUUGAUUUAAUUAAGCUCAGGGCCAUUUCUCACUUCAUGAAUAUGCUUUGAUCUAAACUUAUCUUUUUUGCUCAGUCUCAAGUAUUUUACAGCCUUCCAAGAGGAUCUUGUAUGCAAAAAAAGGAAACAAAAAAGCAUAGUUCUCAUUUACUUAUUUAUUCAAAAUUUCAGAAAAAAGUAAAAUACAAGAAAUUCUCUUAUACACAUUUUUGAG